CCAGUUUGGAAAACGUUAGAGAACAUAGCGAGAGAUUUCGAAAGCUAAGAAUAAACCAUACUGUUUUGGAGUGCCGGUUCUCACAUAGAGUCAUAAACUCUUGGAACCGACUCCCAGAAGAAAGGCCGUCUGCAACUUCAGCUUAUCCAUUCAAAAAAGGUUGGAAAUGCAAAGAAAUUUGCUAGAAAAGGAUUGAAGCUAGAAAGGCUGGAAGCCUUCUACCCUGAACCAGUAAAUCUGAUUUUUAAAUCUAUUGAACUUUGAACCUGUCUGCAGAACGUGGCCUUUAUAUCAUCAGUGUUACAAACAGCGGACGAUGGGUGACGCGGGAGCGCACGCCGUGCAAGUAGUCAAUGUAGAGGAGUGCAACAAAAAAACUUCGUUCAGCUUAAAUGAAGAGGCGUUAUCGGCUAUUCUUUUGAAACCAGGUGUGCGUGACAAAAAAGUCGUAGUUUUGUCAGUUGCGGGAGCCUUCCGACAAGGGAAAUCGUUUCUGUUAGAUUUCUUCCUUCGUUACCUAUUGUGUGAAGAUCGCACAAACUGGCUAGGAGAUCCGGAUAAACCCUUAAAAGGGUUUCCGUGGAGGGGUGGUUCUGAACGAGAUACUGUCGGUAUCCUACUUUGGAGUGAACCUUUUGUUAUGACCCUACCUUCAGGGGAAGAGGUUGUCGUUUUAUUAAUGGAUACACAAGGUUCUUUUGAUAGCACUAGUACUAUGCGUCAUUGUGCCACAGUUUUCGCUCUGAGUACAAUGUUGAGCAGUAUCCAAGUUUACAAUAUACAUGGUAAUAUCCAAGAAGAUCACCUCCAACAUCUUCAUCUGUUCACUGAAUAUGGUCGGUUAGCAUUAGAGUCAGAAGUUUCUGGGUCUCCAUUUCAGCAUCUGUUGUUUCUUGUUCGUGACUGGAGUUAUCCUUACGAAUAUAAUUUUGGAAAAGAUGGUGGUAAUCAGUUGCUCAAUAACCGUCUCAAGAUUGUUCAACAACACCACACAGAGCACCAAACUGUUCGUCGGCAUAUUCGAUCGUGUUUCUCUCAGGUGGAUUGUUUUCUAAUGCCUCAUCCUGGUCUUAAAGUUUCAACUAAUCCGAAGUUUGACGGGCGAGUGAAAGACAUUGAUCCCGAUUUCGUUGAAAAUCUCAUAGUUCUGGUCCCUGAUCUCUUAGCUCCAGUCAAUUUAGUUGUCAAAAAGAUAAAUGGCCAGGAAGUUACGUGCCGUGAAUUAUUUACUUAUUUCAAAGCAUACAUAAAGAUUUACGAGAGUGAUACUCUUCCAGAACCACGUUCAAUGUUGGAGGCGACUGCAGAAGCAAAUAAUUUAAAUGCAAUAUUAGCUUGUCAAGAAAUGUACACAGAGGCGAUGAACAAGAUAUGUGGACCAGACCGACCGUACAUCAACCCAAAUGAACUAGAAGCGUUGCAUUUGAAAAUAUAUAAUAAUUGUAUUGAGAAGUUCAAUAGUAUCCCUAAAAUGGGUGGUAAAGCAUUUUCUGAAGAGUAUUUGCAUCGCUUAAAGGAAACAAUAACGCAAAUGGGAGAAGACUUCCGCUUAGCGAAUUCUAAAAAGAACAUAUUUCAAGUAUGUUAAUGUCUUUGUACAUUUUUAAGAAUAGUUUCAUUUAUUGUAUUUAUAAAUUUGUUCCGAUAAGUAAGUGGCUUGCAAACAAGGAGUAUAUACUAUCCCUUCUCAAGCAUACAACACAGUACACUUAUUUGUCCAUGAAUUCAGCACGUAAAUGUUUCUUUUCAAUGAUCUUAUUCUGAAAGCUAUAAAGUCAUAUCUAUAUUUGGUAUAAAAGGAGGUUAGUUAGAUUAAAGUCUCUCAAAGAGUACAUAUGUGAUUAGCUGUAAGGUUUUUCUCUUUUAGUGUGUGAUUAAACUGUUGGUUGGAGAACCAUCUGUUUAAAUUGUUGACUUGCAGCAAAACACUGUUGUCAUUCGCACUGUCUUAUUCAUAACAUAUUUUAAAUAUCAUAUGACUUGUUGAAUUAUAUAAUUAUAUGAUGAUUUAACUGAUUGAUGAAGACUUCUCAUUUAGAUAUCGAAAUAUAGCCUAAUAGAUGUAACUUUUAUAGUAUAUACCUUUAAAAACGGAGAAUUUGAUAGUGCUCGCAUAUGUAUGCACUCUGUAAUUAUACUAAUACUGGCUGUACUAAUGGUGUUGCUCAGUUAACAAUAAAGUUUCAGUUCGAUUUUCAGAGGAAACAGUAAAUUUUUCCUGGAUGUAAACACUACUGAUUAAUGCGUACCGAAAUUCAUUGUGUCCAAGUUCCAGGUUUUCCGUUGAUGAACUCCUAGUAUGUAACACAAAACUAAGUGUAUUCAAUCCUCGUUUCGUCAAACAGGAACUCGCAAAUAGUAUUUACUCCGUCAUUAUAAAGAAAGUAGAAUAUGAUUAUGAGCAAUAAUUUAUACUCGAAACGUCAUCUAGUUAUUAAUACUGUAUCGCUGUGACAUUUGAAAUAAACUUAUUCAAUAUGGAAAGUAGAAUGACAUUAUCAGACUUUCGUACUAUGACUAACAGCCGUGUUUUGAAUUCGUAAUCAUAUUCUAUAACAUACUCGAUUUGUGUAAUAUUCUGAUUACGAUUCAUUUCAUUAAUAAUUGGAGAAUAAGGUGUCUAUAUAUAAUUCUAUUGUGCAAGACUGAGUUACAUGAUUUUAUUGUUAAUCAUACACUAUUAUUAUUAUUUAGGAAAUAAAUAUAUUAACUGCCUGUUUUCUUUUCUUUUUCAUUUGUAGACUUUUCGUACUCCAACCGUCUUGGUUGUCAUCUUACUGCUUUUCCAUGUUGUCACAGGAAUAUCUGAGUUCAUUGGCUUAUCAGUGAUUUCAAAUGUUCUGACUAUGCCGUUCUACAUUGCUUUAAUAACAUUGUUUACGUGGUUGUUUUUAAGUUAUACUGGUCAAGCGCCGGAAUUAGCCAAUGCUAUAGACCAUUCAGCUGAGUUAGUGAUGAAUAAGGUCUUCACUCCUGCAAUCGAAGUAGUUGGUGGACGUGGAAUUGCUCAGUUAGUUGGAGGUGGUGAUUUGAUUCCUCCUAAUAACCAUGCUACUAGAAGCUGAAAGAUUUAGUUACAUCAGGUUAUCUUGGCUAAGGUAGCUGGGGAAUGUGUUAUGCACACGAAGACACCGCAUUUCACUGUCAGAAAUGUUGGCCGAUGUAGAAUAAGGUUGACAAGGUACUUGGAUUUUAGUCUACACUUAACAGAAGCAAUUACAAUUCUCAGUUGAAGCAACCAAUCAAUAUUCAUGAGUGGUGAUGGUGAUUCCACAAUCUGUGUUCCCCUCAAACUAAUGUCCAUUCGUUGAAGUAGUGAAACAGUU